UGCUAGACUGCAUGAAUCACUUCAUUUAGUCAUUGAUGCAGUAAACCGAAUCCGAAGCAACGUGUUGAAUACGCGGUUAUUUGCGCAGUUGUGUGAAGAAAAUGACGAACACUUUCAUCAAUUACUCCUUCACGCUGAAGUACGCUGGCUGUCGAAAGGCUUAUGUUUGACAAGAUUUUUUACACUUUUUGAGACUAUUUUAGAAUUUCUGGAUACUAAACAUAAAAUUUUAAAAGAAAAUUUAAUGAAGAGGAAAACAGACAUCGCCUAAUUAACAGAUUUGUUUACAAAAUUUAAUAUGGUUAAUUUGCAAUUACAAGGCAACAGUUUAAAUUUCAUUAAAACAGUCCAUCUUAUCAGCGUUUCUUGCCAGAGUUAAACUAAUGAAGCAAAAUACUGGACGGGGCGAAUUUUCUCAGUUCCAGAUAUUUGUCACAGACAAGCUGCCAGGAAGACGAUGUUCGACUUGCGUUCAACAUUUAAAUGCCCUCUAUUUAGAUUUUAAAUCUAGGUUUGAGGAUAUUUUGACUAUGGUAAUACCACCGUGGAUAAUUAAUCCAUAUGGUGACAUAGAAGAAACGAAUAUCAUAAUACAAGAGGAACUGACUGAACUAAGUACAAACGAAGAACUUAAGGUUCAGUUUAAAAAUGGAUAUCAGCAAUUCUGGCUGCAAAACAACAUACCCGUUACUUAUCCCAAGAGACCUACACUGGACAGAAUGUUCGCUUCGACGUCACAAAGAAAUGAUGAUGGUUUGCGGGCGUCUUACAAUAUCUCGUUACUUAUAGCAAAAUCCGGAAAACCGCAUACUAUCGGAGAGAAGUUAAUUUUGCCAGCCGUUGAAGAGGUUUUAAAAAUUGUUUUACACAAACCUGCAUCUGAUAUCAUUAAAAGAAUUCCCUUAACCAACAAUACUGUUGAAAGACGUAUUGAUGAAAUGAGUUCUGAUAUUCAAAGCUUCUUAUGUAAUUAUUUGCAAACGACCCAUUUCUCUAUACAACUGGACGAGUCAACUUUACCUGAUAAUGCAGCAUUAUUAUUGGAAUAUGUUCGUUUUAUUAUGAAUCAAGAAAUCUACGAAGAACUGCUCUUUGCAAGAACUUUGGUAACCGACACUAAAUGUGAAUUAAUAUUUCAUGUUUUGAAUGAUUACUUCAUUGAAAAAGCAAUUCCUUUAUCAAAUAUAAUAUCAGUAGCUACAGAUGGAGCACCUGCCAUGACAAGCUGCCAGGAAGACGACGUUUCCACUUACGUUCAACAUUUAAAUGCCCUCUAUUCAGAUUUUGAAUCUAGGUUUGAGGAUAUUUUCACUAUGGUAAUACCACCGUGGAUAAUUAAUCCAUAUGGUGACACAGAAGAAACGAAUGUCAUAAUACAAGAGGAACCGAAGUACAAACGAAGAACUUAA